AUGCGGUGCGCGAAAAAAGCCGCUGAGAGCGCGUCUGCGCGUCUCUGUGCGGACGCCGAAGCAGAAACAACAGCAACUGAUGUCUCAUCGGUUGCUAAAGCGUCUCAUCCUGUGUCACUUGGUGAUGCAGGCGCUCGUCAUGAAGACACUCGUGUCUUCACAGAGUACGAGCUCGGUGUCUCGUACUCUCCUGAUACGGAUGACGGAUCCGUAUCGACGGCGAUUGAAUCCAAGCCGCCUGCCAAGCGUGGCAUGGACGAUGCUUUGCGCCGCAGCAUCUUUGGUUCAUCUGAUGAAUCAGAUGAACCAUCGCCGAAGCGAAGGCGCUCGAGGUCGCGAGACUCGGGCGCUAAUAGUGGUGUCGGUUCUCCUAUGGACACCACUUUGCAACAAGGUGCCAGUACUUCUGUCGGUACGUCGCAACAAGAGCGGGACCGCAGUGUGUUGCGUCUCGCUCCCGAGAAGAAGGCAUGGAUCCCUCCAAAGUCAGUCAUGGAUCGCUUGUCGGCGACGACGAGUGAUCGUUAUCGAACACGGUUGUUCGAUUCGUCAAGGAUCCAUCACCUUAACCCCAGUGCGAAAAACUAUCGCGCUGAACAUGAGUUCUUCAUCGAUGCUUUCUUUAGACAUCGAUGGUACAGUGGGAAUCACAAGCGUGAUGGUCCCUCACUACUUCAAGCGUGGAACGCUUACAUCCAUAACUUUGAGGAUGUAGGUCGUGACGUUUGGAACGACAAACUUAUCAAAGCUCGUGAUAAGUUUGAAAAGCGAACCCCGACAGGGAUUAACAACCUGAAAUCCCUUUACGAACGUGCCGGGAAGAUUUUCUCCGGCGGUCCUUCUGCGGCACAGGAUGUGCCGCGUCGUACUGCUCAACCAGACCCAGUACGUCGAUCAUCAGUUGGGAGUGAGGCUCCCAAGUAUCCCAGGACGGGGGAUAGCCGCGCCACCGGACGAGAUAACUCGUCCGACGUCCGUUCACGUCGCGGUGGUUCAACAGCUGCUCAACUAGAUAGCGCUGGCCACCGCGAGAGUCCUCUAAUGGAGGUGGAGGAGGAGGAAAAACGCUCUCCAAACUAUCGUGGGGGAGCGUGUGUCUCCGAGAGCAUCUUUGAUCGCGUAACUAUUGCGUUACGCGGCGAUCUCGAACAUGAGCGGGACAGGCGUCUCCAAAUGGCGGACACUGUCUCGAAGCAUCGAGCUGAGUUUGCCUUUGCUCAGCUUGAGAACUAG